AUGCCUGCCUUCGAAGUUUCUUCAAAAAUCCUGCUAAACCUUCCCAUUAUGCCUUCCAAACCUCUCAAAAAAACUCCUAAGGUUUAUGUUACAAGUUUAGUACAAAGAACCAGAUUGCAAGAAUACCAGCCCUUCACUAACCCCAUCCUCAGCUGUCUUGAACUCAAUUUUAUGAAGCUUGAAAAUUGUUUGCAGAAUUGUAUGCUGUCUCGAAAAUUAGGGGCUUUGCGCUUUAGUAAGUGA